AUGCCGCUCUGCAUGAUAGUGCAACCGCAUCACACGAGCCCCAGGGGUGUGUCUUGCACGUAUCACCGGGGGAACCCUGCUGCGGGACGGGACGAAGCCGUAGAUGACACUGCUCAAGCUGAACCACUUCCCCUUUUAUUGAGUGAUGGCGAUUCCAAUGCAUCAUUAGGCUCGAGUUCUCCCGAGUUGUUGACAUUAGAAGCUCCUGCUUUGCUUCAAAUAGAAGAUUCGGAGAAUCAUGAUGCGGAUGAACAACUCGCCUUUGACAAGACAACAGCUCUGAACAUUCUGUACAGAGUUCUCACAAAACAAACCCCUGGUUCUCCUUCUGAACCUCAGGCAAUACCGCGGUUAUGGUUGACAGCGAGAAUAGAGUCUUAUUUGGCGACAUUUCACCCACGAUGGCCGGUUCUUCACGCGCCAGUCAUCAACGAGACCACAGACUCCAUUCAGGUCCUUUCAACGAUUGUGAUGGCUGACUUGUGGCUCAACGGGGAUGUCAAGUUGAAAGACCAGAUUUUAAGGAUUCACGAGAACCUUGUCCGACAACUAUACAGGGAAUUGAAUGACGCCGACUUGGAUCCCACGCGCCCAUGGCCAGUAGACCUGUAUCAAGUCUCCCUUCUUAACGUCAUCUUCGCUUUUGAAACAGGAAGAGACAGCGUCAUUAGACAAUCCCGCAUGUUGUUCAGCGUGCUAGUUACAUCCUUACGAAUGAAUGGUUGCUUCCAAAGCUCCGCCAUUGAGUCUCAACGCCUCGCACACCACCCCGGAGACUUUCGUCCCUGGGUUUUCGGAACACUCGAGCGCUGGAAAAGGAUAGCCACCUGCGCAUUCAAAGUAGAUUCCUACCUAUCCCUGUUGUACAAUCAACCGCCGCUGCUUCGACGCGACGAGUUAGAGCUAGGCUUAACAUCAACGUUUGCCAUGUGGAACUCACACGGCAUCAUGAUAUUCUUUGACCGCAGCCGCAGCGAGCCAUGGUCACGCAACAACUACCAAAUGUCCCAACUGGACGUGAGGAGACCCGAUCAAGUACCUUCGGGCAUGCUACCAGAGGACAUCCAGCUAUGCCUGCUGGGCAUGUGGAACGACAUCCGGUCGCUCAAAAAGGACACGGCACUGAACCGCGAUAUUGCGGCGUUAAAAAAGGCAGACCUAUCCCAACAGCUGUAUCUUGCACUGGAACAAUUGGAAGCAAUUGUCACUGAGUCAAGAAAGCCCCUCGUCGUAGGAGGCUACACAGCGACCAUUCUCAAAAGCUAUCUCGGCAGUGAAGCAUCUCGGGGUCCCAACUGGAGAAAAGACGUUACAAGUCGUCUAGACUCAUGUAUUUCAAAUAUCAGGCCGCUCCUCCUGCUCCUCACGAUCCAUCUCCACGCUGAUAUUCCCACACUGCGAGACGUGUACCUCUCCCCCGCCCCUCUACAGAUGCAACCCACAGCUGCCUCGCAGCUAUGGCAGCAGAAUGUGCUCAAAAUACAAGAAUGGACGUUAUCAUCAGACGGGAGGACAGCGGUCGUUGCAUCACUACAAACGUGGUUUGCCUACGAGUCGUCCUUGCUAAUCAAUCCCACGCAGUCGGCACACGCGUUCGAUCCAGUCGUUUACUUGGCGUUGUCGGCGGCCGCCACUGUGCUCUGGGCAUGGACAAUGAACGACGUGGAAGUAUGUGUGUGCCAUCCUUCCACGCCAAAGGCCGAUGUUACUGGCAGCGGUAUGCAUUUACAGCCGGAUGUGCAGAACUGGAUUCGUGGUGGCGGAGGUGGUAUUUCUUUCUUGGGUCAGCCGGUGUGUAAGUGUACGGUUGCUACGCGUAUUGCUGACUGGACUGAGGCUUUGGCAAAGGCUGGGAGGACGUGGGAAGUUGCUGCUACGGAUGCCAAUUUGUUUCGGUGCUCCUGGCUGGGGACGUAG